AUGCGCAUCACAUUGUUAUUUCGUCAGUGUAUGGUUUGACAAGCUGCUGGAGACGGCUGAUUUCUUUGAACGCUUUUCUUGGGUCAAUUUCUUGUCAAGGCGAUUCGCUUUGGCUUUCGGCGCGCCUUUUUGUUGUAGUCGUUGUUGUUGUAGUCGUUGCCGUUCUUGUUGUUGGGCGCCAUGAACGUGACACUGGCGGUGAAGCAGUACAUCUCGAAGAUGAUCGAGAGCAGCGGGGCCGGGAUGAAGGUGCUGCUCAUGGACAAGGAGACGACGAGUGUGGUGAGCGUGGUUUACACGCAGUCGGAGAUCCUGCAGAAGGAGGUCUACCUCUUCGAACGCAUCGACUCUCAGGGCAGAGAAAGCAUGAAGCACUUGAAGGCUAUCUGCUUCCUCAGACCCAGCAAGGAAAACGUGCAACAUCUGAUCCAGGAGCUGAGAAGACCAAAGUACAGCGUCUACUUUAUUUACUUCAGCAACGUGAUCAGCAAAAGUGAAAUCAAGGCUUUGGCUGAGGCGGACGAACAGGAAGUGGUGGCUGAAGUGCAGGAGUUUUAUGGCGAUUUCAUUGCCGUCAAUCCUCACGUGUUCUCCCUCAACCUGCAGGGUGUGGCCAAGGGGCGUAGCUGGGACCCGUCCAUGUUGUUGCGCUGCACGCAGGGCCUGACGUCCGUCCUGCUGGCCCUGAAGAAGUGCCCCAUGAUCCGCUAUCAGCUGUCCUCCGACAUGGCCAAACGGCUGGCGGAGAGCGUCAAGCAAAUCAUCACCAAGGAGUACGAGCUCUUUGACUUCAGGAAGACGGAAGUCCCGCCCCUGCUGCUCAUUCUGGACCGCAGCGACGACGGCGUCACGCCACUGCUCAACCAGUGGACGUACCAGGCCAUGGUGCACGAGCUGCUGGGCUUCAACAACAACCGCAUCGACUUGUCCGGGGUGCCCGGUAUCAGCAAAGACCUGCGCGAGGUGGUCCUGUCCGCUGACAACGACGACUUCUACGCCAACAACUUGUACUUAAACUUUGGUGAGAUCGGCAGCAACAUCAAGAACCUAAUGGAGGACUUUCAAAAGAAAAGACCCAAAGGCCAGCAGAAGCUAGAGUCCAUCUCGGACAUGAAGGCCUUUGUGGACAACUACCCGCAGUUCAAGAAGAUGUCGGGCACCGUGUCCAAGCACGUGACGGUGGUGGGCGAGCUGUCGCGGCUUGUGGCCGAGCGACGGCUGAUGGAGGUGUCAGAGGUGGAGCAAGAACUGGCCUGCCAGAACGACCACAACGGCGCGCAGCAGAACGUGCGUCGGCUGCUGCGCGACAGCCGCGUGACGGAGCUGGACGCCGUACGGCUGGUGGCGCUUUACGCGCUGCGCUACGAGCGUCACGCCGCCAGCGUCCUGCCGGCGCUUCUGGACGAGCUGGCCAGGAGAGGCGUGUCCGACCGACACCGCAAGAUGGUCCAGUGUGUGGUUGAGUACGGCGGCAAGCGGGUUCGAGGAAGCGAGCUGAUGGCACCGACGGACGCUGUUGCCAUCACCAAGCAGUUCUUCAAAGGCCUCAAGGGUGUGGAGAACGUCUACGCGCAGCAUCGGCCUCUUCUUCACGACACGCUGGAUCAGCUGCUGAAAGGCCGCCUGAAGGACACUCACUUUCCCUACCUGGGAGCCAGUAGCCUCCGGGACAGGCCCCAGGACGUGGUGGUGUUUAUGAUCGGCGGCGCCACUUACGAAGAAGCGCUGAGUGUGUACAACUUGAACCGCAGCACGCCCGGCGCGCGCGUCGUGCUGGGAGGGACUAGCAUGCUCAACACCAAGAGCUUCUUGGAGGAAGUGAUGUCAUCCACGAGCGGCAGCCUCAGUCGCCAUAGCAACAGACACUGACCACUCUGUGGAUGGAGAGUACGUCAAGAACAUCCGUCCCUCAUCGGCACGUGGGUCCCAUUUCUGCCUCGGGAGGCGACGACGCGCCUCGUCCGUUUUGCGCCUUUUUGUUACUGCUGAUCUGGCCACGUCAAGGGCAAUUAAAUGUAAAGGUUCAAAUCAUGA